AUGGCGACCCAAAACAAUUCAAGUGAUCUUUCGAACGACACCUCAUUGCCAGUCGAAAGAAUACUUGAAACCAUUUUGCUCUUUGGAAUCGCUGUAUUUGCCAUCGUGAGCAAUGGUCUUCUUCUAUACGUCAUUUGCUCAAAGCGAAAUCUCCACAACCUCCGCAAUGCGUUCGUCGCUAACCUCGCCGCGGCAGAUCUACUCUUAGCCGCAACAGAUAUAAUUUAUCAAGCAAUCGAAAGAAUUGUGAUAGAUUUCAGACCACCUCAUGCAUCUCUAUGCUAUAUCAUUUUGUUGACUGGAGUAUUAUUCGGCGCCGCUUCAGUCUUCAACCUCACAGCCAUGAAUAUGGUACGUUACAUCUCCAUUUGUUAUCCACUUCAUUUCAGCCAUUACCUCACGCUUCGCCGUUCCGCAGCUAUUGUCGUGUUUGUCUGGAUAGCGGCGUUUUGUCUCGCGUUCCCGCCUCUUAUUUGGCGCCCAGACGGAGUCGUCUGUUCCACAACCAAACCCUCUGGUGAGCACUUUGUGAGCGAAGUUAUUUACAUGAGUUCAGAGUGGCUAUUUUGGUUCUUCAUUCCUGCGAUCCUUAUUUUCUUUUCGUAUUACCGAAUCUACGCUAUCGCUAGAAGUCAUGCGAGAAAAAUUUCUGCUUUGGAAGUUGUACAGAGCACAGAAAUGCCCGCAGGAUCAGACAGAGCGAACUCGCUAAGGGAGAAAAAGGCUGGGCGAAUGGUAACAAUUCUUUUUGGAUUUUGGGUUCUUUGUUGGAUGCCGUUUUUUAUCGUGCUGACCAUAACUAAAUUUAAGUCCCACGUUCCUGCUAUUUUGAUGCGCUUGUUCCUUUGUCUAAUGUUUGCCAACUCCGCCAUAAAUCCUGUUGUUUUGACCUGGUAUAAUCGUGAACUGAAAGAAGCCAUCAAAAAGGUUUUGUGCUAUAAAAAGCAGCGCCGGUCGAUAGCUAACUGUGAGGCAAGAUCUAUGGCUACGGGGAGAACAACUUCAGUUUGA